AACCUUUCUUCGCGUUCAACUGUCAUCCUUACUUUGUUUACAAAUCACACAAAUUUCUCCGUCUCAGCUGCACUUAAAGUUACUGUUCGCGGGUUGCAUUUAAUCAUAAAACUGCAGUUUGAUGCAAGAUGAAAGCAAUCUAGAAGUAUGUCAGUGUUCGUGUUAAGUGAUAGAAGUGAGUGUGCAUUGUAGAGCAAGUCCUCCCUUUGCUGUCAACGGCUCUUCAUCUGCAUCUAUCAAAAACAAUGACAUCAUCUUGAGACGAGACGACGUUUUGUCGGUCGGACGCGAAUCGAAUCGGAAAUCAUCCAUCAAAAAUCCCGUCAUCGCCUUCGGAUUAAGGAAAAGAAAGGUGACAAGCUUAAACCCGGCGAUAAUUGGACACGAUCUUGAGGGAAAAUUGCCAUUGUCAAUAUCUUUGUGUAUCGUAUUGUUGUUGCAUUUUGCGUCUACAAGUCAAACAAAGAGAAGAGGCGAAUGUGAAUAAUAAUUGGACGAAGGCGACAACCAUAGGAUAGAUAGGGCUCCGGGAGGGACAUCCGGAGAAUGGCAACGACGGUAACGUCCGGAAGUAGCAGCAGUAGCACCGGUAGCAACGGGACCAUCACCAACUAUCACGACAUUUACGUUCAACAGGGCGGUGUUAACAGAAACAGCAGCAGCAACAACGACGACAGUGAACUAGAUAGGAUAGAACAAAUAAUGAGUACAAAUCCGACUCCUCCGCCUUCAUACAAUCAACUUCCUCCGACAGCAGCGACCACGACAGGGAUCAACCAGAACAGUAGAUUAGUAAUUAUCAGCAGCGAACGGUACCAGCUGCCAGGCCCCAGUAGUAGUAGCAGCAGCAGCAAUAUGACCGUUCACACCCCCGGGAACGUUAUCAUCGUCCACGGAAGCGGUGGGAAUGGAUUUACGUCCGGUUCCAGUCGUCGAGGUGAUCCCCCUAGCUAUGAGGAUGCAAUCAAUCGUGAAGAACCGCCUCCGUCCUACGAUUCGCUGUUCGGGCGGGUCCGCGAAGCGCACAAAUCGUCCACCGGAAUGAUGGACUUCCUGAAGAACGUUGUGAUACUGCUGCUGGGAACACUGGGCUGCACAAUCAUUCUGGGCAUUACGAUCGUGAUCCCGGUGUGUAUGAUCGUGUUCGGAGCCAUCUAUCUGUACGACUGCCCCCAGGGCGAGUACAUCCCGGUAUAUCUGCUGGUCGGAGGAGGAUUUGGAGUGCUCAAGCAAUUGCUGCAUCUGUCGACUCGCGUUCGUAGUCGCGAGGAACAGGCAUUGGAACGCCUCAGGCAAUCACCAACGCAAACGCUGAUCAACUGCUUCAUGCUGGGAUGGUUCAUCAUCGGGUCUUUUUGGAUCUAUCGGAUCUACGAACCGAACUACGAUCCGGCCAUGGGCAAGUACUGCAAUAAGUCGUUGUAUUUGUUCACGUUUUGGUUGAUCACGUCGGUCUACAUGACGCUGGGUAUCGUCACUGUGGUUCUGUGUGGCGUGAGCAUCAUCAGCAUCGCAAUCCAUCGGAGAACAUAACAGUUGAAUGCGCUGUUUGAGGUGUGAGUUGGCCGGACCUGAAUGGACGGCUCACCAGGUGUACAGAGCGAAGACAAAGAUUAUACUGCUUUUGCAACAAGUUUUAAGAAGCUGUGUAGGCUUAACGAUCGAGUUAGAGAUAUUUCAGCGUACUCCAAAUUUUACUGUACUGGGAAACGAUCUGAUGAGCCAGUAUUUUAUUUUUUGCUUGGCUAACAAAACCAUUGGAUUUGAUUGUGCCAUCGUCUACUCGACCUACAGCUCUCUAGCCAGUAAGGAUACAUAUUUACAUUUGAUUCUAUAGAGUUCUAUCAAUCCGAGCAACUCGUGUAGACCAAGGAAUGAUACACAGAUUUUUGUAUAUUGAAUCGAUCCAUAGAAACGAUUUAGGUAUAUAUUAAGGAUCUCCUCAUGUGUAGUAGUACUACUGUGGUUUAUAUUUCACCAAAAUAGAUUUUUGUUGACAGGAAAACGUGAUCCUUUUCAAUCGAUUCCCUCAUCAUAAUUAGGCUUAAGGAAAGUUGCUAAUAAGAAUGUGCAUCUAUCGGCAUAGUUGAACGAUACACUUAAGAGAAAUGAAUCGAUGUUUGCACUCAUACAUAGAUUUUCGAUGUUAGAAUCUUCUUUGAUUACGUCUGAUUCAGCUCGUUCUCGAAAAUUAAUUUCAACAACAGCAGGUACAUUUUAUAUGAUUUCAAGUAAUUACUGAAAAGCAAACACGUGUACUGUUUCAAAACACACAUCAUAUUAGAACUAUGCCGAUUGGUUUGUACAAAACUUAGGUAAGUUAUCCGCAUUAAAGCAUAUCGUUAGGAAUCCCUUUUCGGUUUUCUUCGUGGAAAACGAAGCGUGCGCUGGUUACGCCAUUAAACAUAUUCAUAAUUUGCGAGAGAAGCACCACAGUACAUACGUUUCGAUUUGAGGCAUUUGAAUGUUAGUGUCAGUUUCUUUACCGUGCAGCUUUAUAUAUUACCUAAGUUUAUUUGUAAUACAGAAAUAAAAACCUUUCGAACGAAGCUAAAAUUAUAAAACACUCAACGUUUUUGACAUUCACAUUAAACCUGUAUCCAUUCGACGUAACGAGUUUUUACAUUUGAAAGGUGCGCGACAAAGGAUAACGCUGGUACCCCAUACUGUACGUUACUUAUUACAGUGCUAGCUGCAACAGAACAGUGAAAGGGCACCGAUGAAGGUGGCAAAACUUAUUUCCUUCGUAUCUUUAUAUAUUUAUAUUAUAGCUCCUAAACAACUUUUUCCCAAUACCAGUUACAGACGAGAAUAUAUACCUUAUCUGAACAUUAAA